UUGGAAAGUUUUGGAUGAAUGGAUCAAAUGAGAGAGCGGAGAGGCUCUUGAGUAAGACGGGCGUUUGGGUCUGGGUCCAGGUCAGCGCUAGAAUGGUGCUCAAGGCAGGCAAACCCGACUUCAUCAUCUGCCGUCAGAAGCCCUUGACAAAUGAAGAAAGCGAGGAGUAUCUCCGUCAAAGGCAACUGCAGCUUCCCUUCAACUUUGCGACUGGAGAGGCUCUCCUGUACGAAAGCUUCCCCUCUCUGAUGAUCCAUCGUGACACCACUGGGCGGCAUCAAAACUCUGUGUUGCCUGGCAACCUGAUAAUGAGAUGCAAAUAUUCAUCAUCUCAUUCACAGAAGCUCAUUGACCUUUACAGACAAAAAGCACUAGAAAGAGAGUGUGUGAGUGACUCGCGGGACCUUUUUGCGCUCCGAAAUCUUGCACAUCCUCCAAACUCCUGUUCUGUUCCAGGCCAUUUUUCCAUCCCAUUUCAUCAUAAUCACUCUUCCUCUAUAGAAAAGACUGGCAUGGUGUUGUCAGAUCCAUCCAAAAACAAUCAUCUUUCUCUAAGUGUCCCUGGACUGCCGUUUUCCGUAAAACAUCCAGCAUGCGGUUCACCGAGGCGUCCUGCCGCCAUUGCAACUCCAGCAGCACGCCGUCCCAUUAACCCUGCAGAGAUCCCGCUGUGUUCAGAAUGACUGUAUUACCCACAAUGCACCUGUAACGUAGCACCCACAGGACAUUGAGACACAAACAGAAUUGUACAGCCCAUAUACAAUAAAUCACAGUCAGAAUAGUCACAUAUCCCAGAAUUCAUCACUAUCCAAUAGCAGUUUCUCAGAUUAGAGAUGCACUUUGUCCUCUAAUGAGCCUUUAUUCGGAUUGCACAUCCCUGGAUCUAUGGAUACGGACUGCAGCCGUGCCCCCUGUCCCGGGACAUCAGGACUGAGCCAUUAUUGAACAGUAUAAACACUCUGAUCUGAUUGAAUCCAAAUUAACAGUAUGAAUAAAAUCGUCAUUUUAGGAGCCAAGAAUUGACUUGAACUGACAUUUGAGGUGCAAUAUCACUCAAGGUGCAUGAUCCUGGGAUGCUUUUUAAACACUACUGAAGAAGUUCACAUGCCUGCUGGACAUUUGAUGAUGCUUGUUCACUGUCUGCUUCAAAAUGAUUGAGAAAUGUUUGUACAUGUUGAUCAUCAAAUUAGCAUGUUUUGUUCUGUAAAGAAAGCCACAUGUAAAUCAGUGUUGUUAUUGUUAAUUAAAAUGAAUAGACAGCAUUUUCUUUAUUACAAUAAAGCUGAAAUUAAAUAAAAUAUAAAUAUUAGAUGAAAAGUUCAAAAACAUUAGAAAUGGUAUGUAAUAAAAUUAUAAAACUAAAAUUACAUUUAAAAAAAUCUAAAAAAAAGAUUUAAAAUAAAUUAAUAAACAUUAAUAAUAUUAAUUAAUUAAUAAAUAUAAAUAGAAUAUAAAUAAUACAAAAAUAACACUGACAUCAUUUCAAUCAUUUCAGCAGAUCAAAAACGUUUUCAUGAGCAUAUGUGUAGAUUCAGCCUGUCCUGUGUAUUUUGUAAUGAAAU